CUCCUGAAACUGAGUCUGCGUUCCAGCAGACAACUGGAGACACCCAGAAGACUGCAGUUGGUGGUAAUCGGAAGACCGUAGUUGCCCGGCGCGCGCUAUCACGAAUGCGACGGCACACUAUUAACAGUGCGGGAAGACUCAGUGACAGCGGCGGCAACGCAGCAGCGUCUAUCUUUCUUCCUGAAAGAGACAUCUCGUUGUCGAACUUAAUUGAUGCAGAUGCCAUUCCUGAUACGCCGACACUGCUCGGCGGUGCGGCAAGCUACAACAGCUUAUUGCCACCAAAUAGAGAGGAGCAAGAAGAACCGGGCGGGAUUUUAGCAGGAAAGAGUACUGGACCUGCUUUCUCUCAUCGUCCGACGAGACGACAGCCACCUGAUCAAGAUAAUGAGUCGCACUGCAUAUCAACAUUGUUUUCUUCCGGUAGCGCAGAGCCAGUUUAUCCACUCGAGGAGCAGUUUUUGCUAGCGCUAGUUUGCUUGCUCGAGAAUGGCACUGGAGCGAGACAAGCCAUUGGCGCCACUCCGCGAAGCCCUUCUAGGCGAUUGCCAUCUGAGUUGGUCAGUUUUGCCUUAAGGGAAGGUCUUCCCCGGUGUUACGUCGACGGGCUGGCGCGUAUUUUCUUUCUUUCUCGGACGGACCGUCAUCUUGUCGUGAGCAGCGUAGACAACAGCCGGCGUUUAGCCGCUGGCCAAAGGGAUCAGACGACGGCCGAGAACAGCCUUUUGCUGGAGAACUUGCAGCGACCGCUCCCUAUUCGUGAGCUCUCGCGGCUUGACAUGGUCACCGAGUGUCUCUCGGCUACGGAUGGAAAGAGCAUGGUUCCUGCUAGAAGUGCUACCAGAGAGAACGCCACAGAUUCAGACAGGUUAUCGCCUGCGCCAACGCGCAGCAUAGAUCUUCACUUGCUGCCCCCCUUUUGUGCAAAGGUCACCGCCAUGAUCGUGGAAGUCGGUUCCUCAGGCGCGAAAGUCGCAUCUUCAGGAGUCUGCGUGCGUCAGUUUUACGCUCGAGCACAGCGGCCGGCCUCAGCAGAGAGAGCCGGUACAACUUCUGCACUUGAAGUUCGAUUUGAGGAAGACGACGCCCAACUUGGAAAGUACAGAAGUGUAUCCGGAAUCUCUCGGCCGACACCCACUGUGGUGGGCCUUUCUUUCCAACGCGCACGAUCUAGGGGUAAAUCGCCUGCAAAAGAGACUAGAUGCUGCUCGAAGGCCUCGACUGCGCGGAUGCAGCACCCCCCUCCAUUGCUUGCGGGUGAAGCCUCAGAACUGUGGGUUCUCUGUUUUGAGUCGGCUGCAGUGACUCAGAAGCUGCUCGACUAUUUUCCUUCGGAGGAGAUCAAUUCGACGGGCUGUUGUCUUCAACAGACAUUGACUCUGGCUCCUUUUGGGGUAGAGGAUUUCACAGCGCAAAAGAUGUGUCAGACAGAACAAAUACAAAAUGUGGGGAUCACACAUUCUGGUGCCAAUCGAGGUACUGCAGAUACACCUGUUUACAUUCACGCAGGUAGCAGUAGAGGGCCUCGUAGUAGUAUUCUGUCAAUAGCGCCAGCGUCGGAAAUUGUACGCCAGACCGAAAAUUUUGAAAAACUAGCACCUCGAAAGCGCGAUAUUUUGCUUGGAAGAACCUAUUGA